AUGGAUAAUCAAAAUUUUUUUAACUUAAUGAGAACACCUGAGGGCCCAUCUGCCAAAGUGAUGAGUUCGGAUGGAUCGUGGUCUUUCAAUAGUGAUAGCGACACAUCACUUCCGACAAGCCGAGCUGUGGACGUGGUAGAAAUUUGUCCAUCGGUGGUGAAGAAAAUCUGUACAGCUGUAAAGACGACCGACACGAUCACGAAGGCUGUAAAUCCUCACCUGGACCGAAAACCCAUCAAUGCCCACGUAAUUUUAGCGACGGUCACCGACGGACAGGCCACCGACGAACAGUCCACCGACGAACAGUCCACCGAUGAACAGGCCGUCGACGAACAGUCCAUCGACGAACAAUCCACUGAUGAACAGUCCACCGACGAACAUUCCACCGACGAACAGGCCCAUACCGUAGCGGUCUGUCUGACUUCUGACCAUCUGCAACAUGUUCAUUCAUCUCGGACGUUAUUAUCCUACGACGAUUUGUACGGCAUAGACGGCAAAGACGUCUGUGCCAAAGCGCAGUCGUUGGAUAGCAGUGGCGUAGUACACAAGCCACAUGUGUCCGUUAGGGUAGACGCGGCCGUUCAAGUGGAUGUCGUGAAUCUGCAACAGGUACGUGACUCCAGCCCAGGUGGUGACGCUGGACACUUGCAAACACCGAUGGUAUUUCGGAGUGGUAUCAUGGCGGAAACGAGGAACAUGGGCUUUCAGAGAGGUGACAUGAAGUGGAGGAUACCCGGGACCUCCAUCGGCUCCGUCGAUAUAGAGAACAGACGACUUGCUGCCAGUCGUUGCAAACCGAAAUUGGCUAAGAAGUUGAUGAUAAACAAAGAUAAACAUAUCAUAAAAGUAUACAUGAAUCAGUCAAACAAGGUGUCGACCAAACCGGCGCCUUUCCUGCGAAGGUCGUCGUCUUACAUCAACCGGCAGGCGACACAAAGGGAAACUGAUCGAAACAAUUAUAUGAUGGUGAAAAAAUUGAUAAGCUCUAAGGCGGAAGUUUCGACAUUUCGUUAG